GCAAACCUGGAGUGAGACAGCUGAAGCAAGAAAAGAGAGAGUUAUUCGCCUCUUUCCCUUAUUUCGAGGUGGUUUGGGUUUUUCUUCCUUCCUUUCUAAAAUAAGCAAACCCCAUUGAACAGUUUUCAGAGGACUGCAUUCCCUUUUGGACUCAGGACCACCUGGGCUCAACACCAUUUCCCGGUUGCAAGUCCUAGUAAGUUGAAGCCAGGACUCUUGGGGUCUUUCAAGAAAGGAUUAGGGCAACCGCUAAAGGCUGAGGACUAGAAUCUUGCUCUCAGUUUCUUUCUGCCCCUGUCUUUGGCACCCUGAUUCUCUUGUCUUGGGCUGGGCCUUCUUCAGCCAUGCUGGCCAUUCCUGUAGCCCUCCACCAUCUUCUCGUCUGCCUGAUUUUCUGGGCUGCCUUGCUGCUCCCCAUGGCUCCUGCUUUCCCCCUACCAAAUUCCAGCCCCCUCUUACAGUUCGAUGGGCAAGUCCGGCUUCGCCACCUGUACACGGCGGAUGACCAGACGCAACUCCACCUGGAGAUCAUGCCAGAUGGUGCAGUGCGCGGCUCCAGAUACCAGAACAUAUACAGUAAGUAUUUGGGGAAAUCCUUCACGUUCUUUCAAGUGGCAUGAGGCAGAUAGAUAAUCUAGCAGUUCUCAACCUGUGGGUCCCCAGAUGUUGUUGGACUACAACUCCCAUCAUCCUUGAGCUCUGGCCUUGCUAGCUAGGGAUGAUGGGAGUUGUAGUUCAACAACAUCUGGGGACCCACAGGUUGAGAAAAGCAUUAGACAGACAGACAGACAGACAGAUGAUACAGAGAGAUAGAUAUAUAGAGAGAUAGCAUCUCUCACUCCAGUUAAUGUAGUUGGAGGUCUAUAAGGGGCUGGCUGGGCAGGACUCCUCAUGUUCUGGGGAUGGAAAGGGGUGCAAGAAGCCAAAAUAAUUUUAUGGAAGAGGGUAGUUCAGCAGAUGCAGAGUUUGGCACUCUUCUGAGAUGAGCGGCACCUUCUGAAAUUCCCUCUUCUGUACAACAAAUGAAUGCUACAAAGACUUUAGAUGCCUCCAGACUGUCACUGUUUUGUGGAAAGGACUCAAGCACAUAUUGGCAUUUUAGGUUCGCACAGUUAAAGUGCUCUCUCGUCCUGGCACAACAAAUCCACUUGAAAAGAAGGAUCAGGCUUUUUGCAGUUAGGAAAGUGAUGGGGGAACGGACUGAAAAGCACGGGAUGAACAAAUGAUUAAUGGGAAGACAUGUGAGCACCCCAUAAAGUGAAUCAGGAUGAAUGCUCAUUGUUGUAAAACUACCCUAUAAGCACAUGCUCAAUAAAGGCCAGAUGGAAUCUAACACUAUGUUUUGUGCAAAUGAAUCAGGACAAACUCUCAAUAAACAGGUCAUACUUGUAGGGGUCUCUUGUUCUCCUUUGUAUGUGGGCUCAAUGAAUAUUUGAGAGGGGAAAGAAUAGGGGAAAGAGUGGAUCAGAGAUUUUAAAAAAUAUAUGAAUGUUCUUUGACUUUGAAUCUGGUCCCCAUACAGACAUGGCAGGCCAGGGUUACUGGUGGAUUGGAAUAGGCUGAAUGGGCAGAAUAAAAGGUCCAGGACUCCUGGGUUCUCAUCCUUCACCACCUGUUCUCUGCUGCCCCCCCCCCCCAGGUUUGAUGGAGAUCAAAGCAGUCAAGCCAGGAAUCAUUCGCAUGCAGGCCAUGAAGACCUCAAGAUUUCUCUGUAUGAAGCCAAAUGGACGCCUCUAUGGCUCGGUAAGUUAAGAUGCCUGCAUGUGUUUGGGGAAGAGGCAGUUCAGAGUGUGAGUUCAGAGGAGGUUGCGUGUGGGACAAUCCUGCUCUAGACUCGUUCACAAAAUGUUUUCCCGUAUGACCAGGAUAUAAAUGAUUGAAGUCAAUAAACAAAUGAUAAAAUAUAUUAAAUUCUUGAACCAAAUUCUGAGAUUAUGCUCGGGCAGUAGAGCAUGAGACUUUUAAACUCAAGGUCAUGGGUUGAGCCCCACGUUGGGCAAAAGAUUCCCACAUUGCCAGGGGGUUAGACUAGAUGAGUCUUGUGGUCCCUUCCAACUCUGCCGUUCUAUGAUUCUGUGCGGUGUGGCCAAUUAAAAUAGACCCUUUGGCCAGGGGAGGGAACUAAAACCUUUUGCUGGAAGGCCAACACGUUGUGGUGGAAUUCCAUUCCAUUCCUGCCCUGCUUCGCACCUGUUCUUGAUCGCAUGCAGAUCAUGACAUAGUGACUAGGGCUGGUCUGCAAGGCAUAUGAUCAGCUCAGUCUGGGGCUGGGAUGCAGCCACUGUAGAAUCAACCUGCGGCUGCUGGCUGCAGAUUGCGUGGCCAUCUUGUGUGCUGCAAUGCAUCUAGGAAAGACUGAACUCUCUAGAUCUCUCCAUCUGCAAAUAACCAGGGACCUCAGGAUUGAUUUUCUGGGUGUCUGGAAAAAAUCCAGUGGGCAGAAACUGCAAGGAUGAGGCAAUUUCCAUCAUUCGUAAACAAUUAGGAAAGGGGAUAGAAAUUUGAUUCAGUUCACGUUUUAAAGGUAAAUCUAUCAAAUUCAGACUUUUCAGAACAAUAUGAAAACUGAAAAACACAGCUACCCUUUGAAAUUCACACUUAUCCGAUUUCUGUGGUGCAGUUAUUCCCCAUCGCUAAAUUCCCUAAACAGUAAAACCUGUUAACCAGGGGAACAGUCUCCCUCCAGAGAAAGUUGCAGGCUAUCCUUCACUGCAGGCAUUUAAGCAAAGGCUGGCUAGUCCUCUUCUAGGAUACUUCAGUUGCAAAACUGGCUACCUUCCAAUUCUAUGCCUCCAUAAUGAUUGGGUGAUGAAAACUGUGGCUGAACAACAACUCCCAUCAGCUCCAGCUAGCUUGAUCCAUAGCUAGGGAUGAUGGGAAUUGUAGUUCAGCAACAUCUGGAUGGCCAAGGUUUUCCCCACCCCUGAUAUGGUGGAUGUUAGAUUUUGCACAAUUAUACGAAUGCAUAAAACCUCAUGUCUUUCCCUCCCCCCUCCCCCAAUAGUUAUCGUAUUCUGAGGAGGCCUGCAACUUCCACGAGAAGGUUCUCCGCGACGGCUACAACCUCUACUACUCUGAAAGCUACAAUAUCCCCGUCAGCCUCAGCUCGAUGGGGAACCUGCCUCGGAGUCACCAGCUGCCUCCGUUCUCCCAGUUCUUGCCCUUAGUCAACAAGAUCCCCCUCGAACCCGUGUUCGUGGACUACGACUUCUAUGAACAGGAACUGAACGUUGAGUCGUCCGAUCCCCUCAGCAUGAUGGGCCACAACCCUGGCAUCAUCAGCCCGAGUUACGUCUUCAAAUAACCCGGGACAUCCUUGGAAGCUUUCUUGGACAAGUGGGUUUUCUUGCCGUGUAAUUACAACGACGGAACAAUUCGACGUUUGGGAGAAACGGAGCAGGAGAGCUUAGCAGAUGGCGCUUGGCACACAGACUAAUGAGUGACCUUGUAGUACACUGUGGACUCCUGCAACCCAAAGUUGCAUCCUACUCAUGCGCAAAUGAUGCGCUGCAGGCACAUAAGGAAAACCCAGCAACAACAGCGGCGAAAUCCUUGUUUCGUCAGACUAAGAUUGCUUGCGCUUU